AUGGAACGACGGCCAACGCCGCCUCCUCCACCGUCGAGCGGGCGUCCUGCUGCUGCCGCCGCGUCGCCGCCGACGCCGGAAAGCGUCCGGAGGAUGGAGGAAGGCCGGCUCCGGGCCAAGGCGAUACGCGAGCAGCGCGAGGCCGAACGGCACGCCUCGGGCACGGCGCCGACGAUGGCCAACUCGGGCUCCGGCUUCAUACCGACCGACGACGUCCACCUGACGAGGUCGGCCGGCGGCAAGCGGCCCUACUCCUCCCUAUCCGGCGCCGACGCCCGCCCGCCCGGCGGCACGAACCGCGACGGCCGCGUCGAGACGGCCGGCGAGGGCGAGCUGCGGCCGGCACGCAAGUUCACCAAGUUUGUCGACUACAACAUGAGCUCCAUGACCGACACCAAGGGCGGCUUCCUGUCGGCCGAGGACGACCCUCACAACGCCGCCUUCGCCGCGAGGCCCGGCCAGGCCGACGAGCGGCGGCCCAAGGACAUGACGGUCCAGGAGUGGGAGCGUCUGCAGCUCCUCCGAAACCUCAAGAGGCUCAAGGCGGGGCCCUUUGAGCCGGGCCUCACCGUGCUGCAGGACGAAAAGGACAGGAAGCGGUGCCGCGAGUGCGGCAGCCUCGAGAUUGACUUUGUCUGGGACGACGUCUUUGGCGUCUGCGUCUGCCACAGGUGCAAGGAGACGCACCCGGAAAAGUACUCGCUCCUCACCAAGACGGAGUGCAAGCAGGACUACCUCUUGACGGAUCCCGAACUGCGCGACCCCGAGCUCCUCCCCCACCUCAACAAGCCGAACCCGCACAAGUCGCACUGGCACGACAUGAUGCUCUUCCUGCGCUUCCAGGUCGAGGACUACGCCCUCAAGACGAAGUGGGGCUCCGCCGAGGCGCUCGACGCCGAGUACGACCGGCGCGAGACGCAGAAGAAGGCGCGCAAGGAGGCCAAGUUCAAGGAGAAGCUGCUGGACCUCAAGCGCAAGACGCGAACCGACGCCUACCGCCGCCAGGCCGGCACCCUCGGCGGGUCGGGCGCGAGCAAGUUUGGCGACGCCGUCGGCGGCGGCAAGCACGUGCACGACUGGGGGAGGACGGUGCGGAACGAGGAGGGCAUGACCAUCAAGACGUGCGUCGACUGCGGCAUGGAGGUGGAGGAGCUGGAACUCUGA